UUCACUAGUUUAAAGAAUAUGUUGUUUAAUGCAAGUAUUUUGUAGUGUGUAUAUAGUCUUUUUUUAUAGCUACUGCUUUGACUUUCUUGUGUUUAUACCUGAACUGCCUUGUUUACAGGUGGUAUGCAAUACAUGUUCCUUGCUUCAUUAUUAUUGUUAUCUUAUUAUGAUAAAAUAAUCUAAACGAAAGCUCCACUGGGAUGGACCGGGCCUUGGAGGCACCACCUCCUGCACAGACAGCGCUGCCUGCAGGAUAUCACCGCUUCUCUCCAUCCAUCCGUCCAUCCAUCAGUUGUAUGUGUGGUUAGCCCAGCAGCAGCAGCAGCUAGCAGCUCUCCAGGCCACAGCGGCCGGCCGGUGCAUCCUCAGCUUCCAGCCAUGGCGUUGGUUACUCUGCAGCGGUCCCCGACCCCGAGCGCCGCAUCCACCGCCAGCACAGCCACCACGACCGCGGGAGAGGAUUUUGGGAGUGAAGAUGAACGGCGAAUAAAUCAAAGCCUGAGUGAGAGCUUCUUCAUGGUGAAGGGUGCUGCUCUCUUCCUGCAGCAGGGGAGCAGUCACCAGGGCCAGAAAGCACAUCCUCACCACAAACAUGCAGGCGACUUACCUCAACACCUGCAGGUGAUGAUAAACAUCCUUCGUUCGGAGGACAGAAUCAAACUGGCAGUGAGGCUGGAGAGUGCAUGGUCAGAUCGUGUGCGGUACCUGGUGGUGUUGUACACCAGUGGGCGACAGGACACAGAGGAGAACAUCCUACUGGGAAUCGACUUCACCAGCAAAGACUGCAAAAGCUGUUCGAUCGGCAUGGUGCUACCUCUGUGGAGUGACACAAAAAUCCAUCUGGAUGGAGAUGGGGGCUUUACAGUGAACACAGCGGGUCGGACUCAUGUCUUCAAACCUGUGUCAGUGCAGGCUAUGUGGUCAGCUAUCCAGGUGCUGCACAAGGCAUGUGAGGUGUCACGCAGGUACAACUACUUCCCUGGAGGUAUGGCUCUCACCUGGAUGGGCUACUAUGAGAGCUGCAUUGCUUCAGAUCAGAGCUGCAUCAAUGAGUGGAACGCCAUGAAGGAUUUGGAGACAACAAGGCCGGACUCGCCCACUAUGUUUGUCGACAAGCCUUCAGAAAGAGAGAGGACAGAGUGCCUUGUUAAAGCCAAACUCAGAAGCAUCAUGACGUGCCAGGAUCUUGAGAAUGUCACCUGCAAACAGAUCCGUACAGAGUUGGAACAACACAUGAACUGCAACCUGAAAGAGUACAAAGAGUUCAUCGACAAUGAGAUGCUGCUGAUCCUGGGCCAGAUGGAUAAAGCCACUCUCAUCUUUGACCACGUCUACCUGGGCUCUGAGUGGAAUGCAUCUAACUUGGAGGAGCUACAAGAGUCAGGGGUGGGCUAUAUCCUCAACGUUACCCGGGAGAUAGACAACUUCUUUCCAGGCACAUUCAGUUAUCACAACAUACGCGUCUACGAUGAAGAGGCCACUGACCUGCUGGCUCACUGGAAUGACACGUACAACUUCAUUGUUAAAGCAAAAAAGAACCACUCCAAGUGUCUAGUUCACUGCAAGAUGGGCGUUAGUCGGUCUGCCUCCACUGUUAUUGCUUACGCAAUGAAGGAGUUCGGCUGGUCACUAGAGAAGGCAUACAACUUUGUCAAGCAAAAGAGGAGCAUCACGCGACCUAACCCAGCUUUCAUGAGACAGCUUGCAGAGUACGAGGGAAUCCUAGACGCCAGUAAACAGCGUCACAACAAGCUGUGGCAUCCAGAUGCAGACUGUGAGAUGGCAGAGGGGCAGCAGGGGUUGGCACAGUGUUGUGGGGGAGAGGAGGGAGGUCACCAGACCCCAGAGCCGGGGAUGUCUCCCUGCUGUGAGGAGGCGCUGUCUGAUAAAGGUGCAGCAUGCCCUUCCCCAUGCAGGACUGUUUCACUGGAGAUCGAUCCUGCCUACAACAACUAUUAUUUCCGCCGGCUCUCUGACUCAGCACUGGACAGUGAGCCCUCGACACCUGUGCGUGGUCCUCCUCUCCUGGGCAUGGAAAAGGUCUUCAUAGAAAUCGAGGAUGUGGAGCGUGACGCCCUGCUGGACGAUGAAGCAUUUGAUGGGCGAGAAGGUCUGCCAUUGCCCUCCUUUGGGCCUUCAGCAGAGGGUACCGCUGCCCAGACCAGCAGUCGUGGCCUGGAACCCCUGGAGGAGCUCCGUCUGCGGCUGGAGUUUAGCACAGUGGAGGAGGAGGAUGAGGAGGAAGUGCAAAAGGAGGAGGCAGAGAUGGAGGUGCUCAUGCAGCCAGAUGACGGAGGGGGUGGGGAAGGAGGUGGAGGAGAGGAAACGCAAGAUGUGGAGGUAGAAGGCGAUACGGAGGGUAACGGGAUGGACCUGGCAAGCCUCAAUGAAAAUUCCAACAACAACAACCAUUUGAGCACACCAGAUAAUCUCUUUGAAAUCCCUCCUCCACUCUUUUUGGAUUCUAAGUCCAAGCAGAAAGAAGUCUCUCCAACUCUGGUUUCAAAGUUUUGCCUUAACUCCAGCCCUGUUGAAGUCCCAGCUGCUUCAAUACCACCAUUCCAUACCUCUGCUGAAGGCCUCCAGCCUUCAGUGGGACUGCUGCACCCCUGUAGCCCUCUGUGUGACUGUGCCAACUGUACUGCCUCCCCUCCCAGAGCUGUAAUUGAGAGAGAGGGGCAGCCGGGAGACUCACUGCACCCAGCGGAUGCGAAGGACAGUGGUGAUUUGUUAGAGGUAAACACAGAGAGUGAGAAAAGGCAAUCUGCAGCCUCUUCAGAGGCUCUCCCUGAGCUGAUGAGAAUGGAUUUGGAGGAAGAGACGCCUGGGAUGGCCUGCUUUGGCCAACAACAGGAGACCCUUUUGCAGUUGCGGACGUCUGGUCUGGUUCGCCGACGAGCCGAGAGACUUGAGAAACUUUCAGGUUUGUCUCAGGAAAGUCUGCACUCUCUGAAACCUUUGCACGAAUGCCACAUGUCCAAGAACAGCCCCUUUCACACCGAGGAGGAGGGAGAGUUCUCUGGUUUUACCGGGGAGUUCACGAAAUCUUCUACACCAUGCCAAGUUCGGUUAGAGCCACUGGUGGUGCCACUGACCAAUGAAGCCUUGUUGGGGGUGGUGGGGUCUGGGUUGUUCACACCCACCUCCUCGCCUCACGGCUCCACCUUGACACGCAGCUCCAGCAGUGACAGUCUGCGCAGCGUGAGGGGGAAACCUGGCCUCGUCCGUCAGAGGGCGCAGGAGAUUGAGACCCGCAUGCGUCUGGCAGGCCUAACCGUGUCCUCGAGGCUCAAGAGGUCCAACUCGCUGGCUAAAUUGGGCAGCCUCAAUUUCUCCUCCGAAGACCUGUGCUCAGCCUGCUCCUCAGACGCAGGAACACUACUACUCCUUUCGCUGUCCCCAGAGCCAGACCAUGGCCUAGAGUGGGAGUCCUCCAGCACUUCUGCUCAGCCCCGGCUCUGCAAGGACCUGCACACUCCAGAGAGAGCACUACCUGGUGAGCCAAGAAGCUGACACGUCAAGUGGAGGUUAUAUGCACUCCACCCACCCCCUCAUCUCUCACCCUGUGGAGAUGUGGAGGGAUGUACAGAAGGAGGAGGAGGAGAGAGUUGAGUCUACAGAAACAAAUUUUUUUUUU